CCUCUGUUUCUAUUUUAUUCGCAUCUUAUCUCACAUAAGGUAUAUGUAUCUUAAUGCGAUUCUUUAUUUUCUUCCACCUCGAAUCUUGAAUUGAUUUCGCUGGACGCUCGUUUGGAGUCUAGACGCGUCAUUAGUUACGACGCCUUUUUUUCCUUCUCUUCUUAGCGGGCCGGGAUCCCAGUUUUUAUUUUUAUCGACGCUAUAAUUUUAAUACGUACCCUAAUCCCCUCUUACAAGUCGGACGGCAGAGCCGUUUCCAAGGUUUCAUGAUUCAGAAGUGUGGGAAAUAAAUAAAAGAAUAAAGAAUAAAGAAAACAUGAAGGACGUAAGGAAACAGAAGGACGAAUACCGAUCUCUCGGCACCGUUCACGAGGAUCACGACGACUCGAGUAGUACGGACGUCGACUUAGAGGCGCUCGAUUUGAAUGAGAAGGAUUACCUUAACGGAGCGUCGCGGGUGGGGAAGAAUGAAGACGAAGGCGGGCUCCGCGGCGUUCUCAAAGAGUACUGGUGGAUCGUCGACACAUUUCUCUUAAUGGUCAUCAUAGUCCUCUUGUUAGGGAGCAGCUAUACCGGGCGAGGGAGAUACCACCUUUUUGAAGGCGGCGGGGACCUGACGGGGUUCGCUCCGGAAUUCUCGCAGAAGAUCACGACAUUUUCCCCGGACCCGGGCUUCGUCCCGGAAAACACGUCCGAGUUCUUCUCGAAGGAGACUAAGCAGAAAUGGUUGGACCUAGUGCCGAAGGGCCUCGGGUACCUAAAGAUCAAAGACGCCGAGAAUUAUGACAGCCUCCCGGCGAAACUCAACUCCUACCCCAACGAAUUCGUCGUCACAUCGUCGAUGACGCACCAAUUGCACUGUUUGUACGCCAUAGCCGAAGCCUACUCGGCACUGACCUCAGACGUAAGCCGCGUGCCGAAGGAGACGCCGUGGCACCUGAACCACUGCUUCGACUAUCUGCGCCAGAGCAUCAUGUGCUGCGGCGACGUGGCGCUCGAGGGCGAGCAGACUACCUUCCCCGAGGGCUUCGACGGCAGCGACGGCUGGGAUGCGAAGCACGUGUGUAAGAACUACGGGGAGGUGCUGGAUUAUCUGGAGACGAAUCGCGCGGACGAUAAGGUGUGGAUAUAGGUUAGGUUGAGUCUUAGGUACGGUGCUUAGGCGGGGUUUACGGAGUUCAAAUGGCUAGCGGUUCGAUUUUCCUGUCUCAACUUUGCUUAAGCGCGUGCGUAUGUGUGUGCGUGUGUGUGUGUGUUGAGAGAUUCGCGGAAGUUCUGGUAACAUUUUUGCCGUUGGGUGUUGGGCGUUGCCUUCAC